UAUCAUCAAGGUGGUCUUGCUUAAACCAAGUGGGCUGGCCGAGACGGAAGAAGGGAAGGAUGUUAAGGUUGAGGAAGGAGUACAGAUUCGCUGGUGCGAACCAGUGGGGAACAGGGGAGGAAUGAAAGAAGGAAGAGUCCAGUGGACAGUAGACUUGGAGGCUCGCGCGUCUAAAACUUUAACCCUGGAAUGGGAAGUCUACCAUCCACCUGGUCAACGCUGGCAAUACGAACUUCAAGCCCCUGAUACUGGUGUAGAUGCUCGAGCCGUGCAGGAUUUCAACGUGAACGCUGCCGACAUCUUCCCAGUGUCUCACAAUAAACGCUUAAUUGGUGGCCUUCUCUCUACUGUGCUCGAUGCGGUUUUACCAGGUGGUGCGACAACGACAACGACCCAACAAACGCCAGCAGCAUCGUCCAACCAAGCCCCCGCUCCGGCGACAUCUCCGACCACCACUCCGCAGAACCAACAAACUACAGCUGGUUCUUCUCCGACCACUGCAGGGAACUCUCCAGCGACUUCUCCUGGUGCAACCAAUCAGCCGGCUAAUCCUGGUGCAACUUCGGAUGUUGCGUCCAAUACGCAAGGCUCUGGCAAUACUUCUUCCCCUGGCAAAAAUGGAGG